GAGAUUUCCUCUCUGCACACUGUCCCCGCCACCGCACCAGUGCAAUGCUAAAGCUGCAACAUUAGCACGCUUAUUCUCCCCUUUUUUCACAAUCCCUUUACAGGGGGUGGACCUGCCGUUUUUUCUUUACCGUUUUUUACUUUAACUUUCUUUACCUCAUCGAGCCUCUGUGUGUUUUUUUUUCCUUGGACAUGCCGAACAUCGUGCUUUUCAGCGGGAGCUCCCACCACGACCUGUCCCAGAAAGUGGCUGAUCGGCUGGGGUUGGAGCUGGGGAAGGUGAUCACGAAGAAAUUCAGCAACCAGGAGACAUGGUGAGUCACUUCUCUCUCUCUUAACUAGUCAUUAAAGGUGGGGGGUUUUGCUGAUAGAGUGUUGCCCUGCUGCUGUUUCCCAUGUGGGUUAGGUUAGCUCGAAGCUAACAAUAGUUUACUAUUUAGCGGGCAGCACACGUGACUGGUUAGCCACAUGUAAACACGCCAGGCUAGCAGGCUAGUUCACUCUGACUACGCUGCGUUAUUUUUCCUCGACUUUCAACACUUUGUCCGUGUCGUGUGUGCAAUUCAUUAAAUCAGCACCGAAGUGGUUGAAAAAUUGCGUGUUGUGUUUUUUGCUGCGUAGCAUGCUAACGAAGCUAAAGACCUCCCCUCUGUCAGAGGCGAUAUGAGGGGAAAACGUCAGGCCAAAUGCUGCACAAGUUUCACAAACUAUCCUCCAGUUAUCGCCUUUCGUGCUUAUCUCAACCCAAUUCAUUAAAUGUUUUUGUCAAACACGAUAAAAUAUCGUUUUAGUAGAAUAACGAGCUCGAAGUCGUGCGGAGGGAACAAAUUGUGACUAGGAUACAAAAGCUACCGUUACACCUAUUGAGCAAGUCACCUGACUUUCGUCUUUUAAACGGUUUUUAUGAUUUAUCUUUUAAAAAACGUGCUUAAAUAUGAUUAAAAUGUGUACGUUUUGCAUUACUUUAUGGGUGUCUAUUGAAAACUAAUGUAAACAAGCCGUGUCCGAUAAUGGGUGCCGUUAGCACACCGUGUUCAAACAGGCAGUUUUCUUUUACUGGCGAGUUUUAGACGACAGUGUACAACAAGAUAAAAAAAAAUUUAACUGUCGCCGUAAUGUUUUCUUUACACGAAGAGGAUAACUUAUAUGAGCUAAAAAAAUGCACAUAAUCGGAGGAACACAUUGUUAUUAGGGGUGGGAGAAAAAAUCGAUUCACAUAAGUAUCACAAUUUUUAUUUUACGAUUUUUAUACGAUUUUUAAUGAAAAAAACACUCUCUUCUCCGUCAUAUAAACAGUCAGCCGGUCGGCCAUGUUGGAUAUACCGGUGAAUCUGACGUCACAACAACACGCAAUCUGAUUGGUCAGAAGUGGACACCCAGUAUGCGAAAUUUAAGAAAAAUCGACCGUGAUCCAAAAAAACAAUUCCGCAAUAUCAGGAUGGGAAAACGUCGCUGAUGUAUUGACAGGAUACAGGUUCGAAAAAAAUAUUGACGUCUGAAAUAAUCGCACGAUAAAAACGCUCCCUGUGUGAAAGGACCUUAAAUCUUAAAAACUGACUUACAUGUGAGUCAGUAGACACUCAAUCAUUCAACUGUUUCACUGGUGUUAAAAAUGAAGACUAAAAAUCGAGAAAAUUGACAAUAUCGUAGAAUCGCAAAAAAAUGCAUCCAAAAAAUCGUAGAAUACCGUAUUUUUUGCACUAUAAGGCGCACUUAAAAUCCUUUUGGCUUGUUGGAGCACUGCAGCUACUGUCGCCCUGUGGAGUUAUUGAAUGAGUUAAAUAAAGUUUGACUUAUCUGACUGUUUUGUUUGGCUUUAUGCGCUUUAUAAUCCGGUGCGCCAUAUGUAUGAAAAUAGACGCAUUCAUUGAUGGUGCGCCUUAUAGUGCGAAAAAUACAGCAAUCAAAUCAGGAGAAAAGCAUAUCAUCCCAGCCCUAAUUCUUACACAUUUAACAAAGUAAAUUGGUUAAUUCCUCAGUGCUCACAUCACGUGCGGUUAAUUUGUGCGUGCUGUAGCUAAUUUGAUCCUUAGUUUAAUCACCGCCCGCACGUUUGCACGAGUCCUGUUGACCUUUAUGACUCUUACUCCCAGUUUUCCUGCCCAGCCUUGAACGAGUUUUUCUUUCUGGCCUUGAGCAAAGUUAGUUAAGGUUACGUCGCCUGUUUGAACCCUACUCCAGGAUGAACGUUUCGCUUUAUGUCAGCCUGUUUGUUUGACACGAGUUGACCCGGAUUCACCACAACACCGUUUGAAGCAGCUUUAGGGUUCAGGACUCUGUGUGGUUUUCCAUCCGUCUCCUCCAAAUGCAUUAGUUAACCAUGCAUAAUGCGCUUGUGAUCCUGUGGUCCAGUAAACGCCGCAUUAACAUGAUCAGAGUCGUAUUUCAGGCCCUCUGGGGUCACUCUUUGGAUGCUUUUAUCCAGAGUGCAUUACAUUUCUGUCUCUCUGAGUUGUUUUGUAAUCUCUCUCUUGCAUGACAACAGUAAAAUCACACCGACACAGGGUCACAGACACGUAGAGGUGUCUUGACUUUAUAAUCCCCCCCAUAAAAUUCAAGGAAAACUCCACGAUUGUCUGCGCUGAGACGCCUCUCUUGGAAAGGCAUCUGUUUGGGUUUCCACACAACCCAAAACACAGAGUACUUUCCCAUCCUCUCACACCGACAAGGAGGUGCUAAAGCUCGGCUUCUCACUGGGAAUUAAAGCACAGAGGGAUUUUUGCUUGCACAGGGAGGUACGUUUAAAUAAAGAUUAAUCUGACAUACUUUGCUGUCGUUUUAGGCAGAGAUCCAAGUUUUCUUUGUGCCUAAAAGGUGCUGGAAAAAUUAGUCGUGCUGCUCCUUUAAAGUGGUCACAAACUUUGUGGAGCGCAUUGUUUUGUUCAGGAUCAGCUGCGGUAAAAUAUAAGGCCGAUUUGAUAACAUAAUCGCUAGAAUUUCACUUAUUAUGACCUAAAUUAAUAAGACUUUGCAUGCAGCAGUUUUGCAACGACUUGCUGUGAUUCAAGGUCCAGAGCGAUGGCGUUUAAAAACCCUCACUCGGCUAACUGUCAUUUUUUCCUUUUCGCUCAGACUUCAACAAACACGCUGUCAGACGAGUUCAAACAAUGAGAGCGUCCGCCUUUUUUCACCACAUCUACAGACGCGUCGGGGCUCAUGUGUCAGCGCUGGCCUCUCUUAUAAAAACCAUGUGACCGUACAGCCGGACCCUGUCUCUGUCUUUUAUUUCGGCACAUGUCCGAUGAUCACAUGACCGAAGCGGAGGGGGACCCGGUCAUGUCGUCGUCCUGAUGAGGAAUGUUUCACACACACACGCUGCAUGCGCUUGCAUCAGCUGUAGACUGACUGUGUGUUUAAAUAUGUGCCUGGCAGUGCGGUUUAAGUCUUCAUCUUUUAUCUAAACAUCCUCAGAUGAGUGACAGCAGCCAGGCCUGGACUUGUUUGGAGAAAGUCAAGACCGCUUUCUCAUACAAUAAUUGAUUCUGGUUUUAUAUGACUCAUUCCUGAGUCAGUGUGAAUUACUGUUUCAUUAAAGUUUGGUAAUCAACUUUGUUAAAUUUGAACUUGCACAGGCGAAGACUUUAUGGUCUGGUUCAAAACCACAUCGAUAUAUCACUUUGUUGAUAUUUUUGGCCAAUAUCGGCCCUUUCCUUGCAUGUGUUUUGGCACAUUUCAAGCAGAAAACAUUUCUCGAAGUGAUUUAAAUGUGGCGUAAUCGCUCCUUUCUGCACCAAGUUCCCACUUUAUCGGUAACAACACUGUCAGAAUUGCCUGCAGCACCUGAGCAGCCUCCUAAGUUUACAUGUUUGCAUAACAGGGGGUGACAGAUAUUGGUUUUUCAGAGCCGAUACUGACAUUCAGAACCAACAUACAUUGAUAGAAUUUAGAAAAUGUAGAGAUUGAAACGAAGAAACUCCAACAAAAGUCUUUGCUUCAAUGACCCAGAGGGAAAUACGCACCAACAGCCGAGCCAAAGUAGCACAGAAAGGACCGAUACAGAUGAUCGGCCAAGUGACACGUAUCGGUCACCCCGCUUCAAAAAUCAGUUUGAAUGAAAUCUAUAAAGAAAAUGAAGUUAAUUAUUCAAGCUCAAUAAAUUAGGAUAUCGGCCUCAACACUAAAGUAUCCUUCUAUAUCGAUAGUGAUAUCGACCUCAUAAAUCCAAUAUCUGUCAAUCUGGUUUUAUCCCAUUUAAUGUAUUUUAAUUGGCUGACCAGUUCUGUAAAUAUCAGCAUCGAUAUCGGUUGUUGUAUCGGCCUCAAAAAUCCGAUAUCUGUCAGGUCCUUGUCUUAUUCUCUUAUUGUCAUUAAUCAAAGUCUGACUUUUUGUCCCAUCAGCGUGGAGAUCGGGGAGAGCGUGCGAGGCGAGGACGUGUACAUCGUGCAGAGCGGCUGCGGCGAAAUCAACGACAACCUCAUGGAGCUGCUCAUCAUGAUUAACGCGUGCAAGAUCGCCUCCUCGUCCAGGGUCACCGCCGUCAUCCCCUGCUUCCCGUACGCCAGGCAGGACAAAAAGGACAAGGUAGGAACACGCGCAAACACACCAUCGAACCUUUCUUUAUAGAGAACACAAUAAAAAGGGAGUUAAAAACAGUUAAAAUGCACUUAAAAAUCUUUAUUUUACACACUUUUCUGUGAUAAAAUGACAUCUGCAGCGUGCUGACUGUGCUGUUUUUAAAUAUUCAUUUUGAGCAUUUAUACAUGUAACAAAGGGUUUCUAAAACGCUACAGAUGACCUAAAAGCAGACUUAAGUGCCUAAUAAUGGUUACCCUUCAUCAAAGUCUUGCUUCCAGACACAAACUGGACAUUUAAGCUUCUCUGAAUGACUUAAGUCCAUGUUUCAAACCCCCUCAGUGACCUCUUGAACUGACUGAGUUUAGGUCGAUGUUCCCCCCUCAGAUUCACCUCACAGCUGUGUUAUCAAAAUCAAAAAAUUGACUCGUGCAACCAGCUUAUCUUGUCAAUCAUUAUCGUGUGUUGCCUCAGAUGUUUACGUCACUACAACAGAAAUAUGCUCCGUAUUGGGCAACCAAAGAGCUGCUAUGUCCUGCUAAUCAAUAGAGACGAUUCCUGGUUGCACUUUCAAAGUUGUUGAAAGUUUAAGGAUGUGUGUGUUUAGUAAAAAUGAAACAGGAAAUGAUGAGUAAAAGCCUCCAGCUGCUCUUAUUGUGAAACGAUGCAAAUAGGGAACUGAAAAUGUGUGUGCAGCUGACUCUUGUUUGCACCCCGGCGCUCUCCUCAGUGCGAUUAAACCUCUGAGCGCUCUCAAAAGCUCAAGAGGUCAGACGCUUCAGUCCGCUUUAGGCGCUCACGUUCAAAUCAGACGUGCUGAAAACACUUGAUGUCAAAUGCAAAAAGAGUGUUCACCCCGAGCGCUGCUUGUGUCUUGAUGCCUGUCACAGAGCCGAGCGCCCAUAUCGGCCAAGCUGGUGGCCAACAUGUUGUCCGUGGCCGGAGCCGACCACAUCAUCACCAUGGACCUCCACGCCUCGCAAAUUCAGGUCAGUGUGCAGCUCUAUCGGAGCUUUUCUGCACCACGAGAUACAUGCAGAGGAGUAAAUCCUGAAUUUGUCGGGUGUUUUUUCAUUUGAAGGGUUUUUUCGACAUCGCCGUAGACAACCUUUACGCAGAGCCCGCCGUGCUGCAGUGGAUACGAGAAAAUAUCCCAGAGUGGAAAAACUGCAUCAUUGUUUCUCCAGACGCAGGCGGAGCGAAACGGUAAGAAGAGCAACCUUUGAAAAUAAGACACGUCUAAAAAUGUCUUUUAACGAGAUUUUAAUGAGAGAUUUCUGAAUGUGUCUCUUUCUUCACUCAGCGUGACGUCCAUCGCUGACCGUCUGAACGUGGACUUCGCUCUCAUCCACAAAGAGAGGAAGAAAGCCAACGAGGUGGACCGCAUGGUGCUGGUCGGGGACGUUAAAGACCGCGUUGCCAUCCUGGUGGACGACAUGGCGGAUACCUGCGGCACCAUCUGCCACGCCGCGGACAAGUCAGUAAAAUUUCAGACCUUUAACGUGUCUGUGACGUGUCUUAGACUGAUACCGAGUUAAAGAGGCAAAGGGCAGAGAGGCGUUAUCAGAGUGGAAGUGGGUCACAGUCUGGAUACGAAUAUCAAACUGAUAAGCUCUUUUAUCUGAAGACUUAAGCGGUUUAAUCGCUCUCUUUUCUCUAGACUGAUCGAUGCUGGAGCAGUGAAAGUCUACGCCAUCCUCACACACGGUAUUUUCUCUGGUCCGGCCAUCUCUCGCAUCAACAGCGCCCCCUUUGAGGCCGUGGUGGUGACCAACACCAUCCCACAGGAGGAGAAGAUGAAGGCGUGUCCCAAAAUACAGGUACGUGGCGCCCCCUUGUGGACAAACAUCUCAUCCUGAAACAUCAAAAAAAAAAAAACCCUCACUGGAGCUUUAACAUAGCUAAAAUCGCAUACUUGCCCUUUAACACCACUUGAACUUCUUAUUUUCCGCUUCAGGUCAUCGACAUCUCCAUGAUCCUGGCGGAGGCAAUCAGGAGAACCCACAACGGCGAGUCCGUGUCCUACCUCUUCAGCCACGUACCUUUAUAAAACACCUGAUCCUCCUUCCUUCCUCCCCCACUCUCUCUCUCUCUUUCCUCACCCGUUCUUCUCUGAGCCACUCGACGGGCACUUCUCCUGCCGCACGUCCUCCAGAGAGGCUCCAACGACUAAAAAAAAAACAGCCUGAUGGUUUCCAGCCAGCCUACAUGCGACUGUUAAAAGGUCGCGCCCACUCGAUCGUCGUCUUUGACAUUUUCCCCCCGCGGAGACAAAUAUCACUUCAUCAUCUCUGGAGGCUAAGUUUGUAUUUAUGAGUUUCUCUUUUUCUUUUGUUUCAUUUCUGACAACCUCACGCACCCGCGGUCCGGCCUUCACUUUAACCAAAGGGUCCACGAUGAAAUAUUCGAACCUCACUUUUGAUGAACCAUUCCACCGAGGCAUGUGAUUGGGAAUAUUUUUGAAUUGUUAGGCUCCACAAAGUUUUAAAAAUAGUAAAAAAAAGUAUAAAAAGUGUGCACCUUUUCUCCCCAGAGUCUUUGCCUUAUAACAGCUGCUAAAAGUAUUAACAUUAUAAAGCUUAACUCGCUAAUUCUGACCUAAAUGUGGUAAUCACAUUUCAUCCUUUUUUUAAUUCUUAAUAAUUCAGUAAAAUCUCUCCGUCAGGUCUGGUAUUGAUAUGAUUUUCCUCAUACGAGGUGUUUCUGGGUGGGUCACCCAUGGUCAAAAAGGUCACAAAAACAAAAGGAGCCCCCAGCGUGGUGAAAGUGUUGAUACUGAAUGAUUGAAACAUUUGUGUUAAAUACUUUCACCACAGCUGUGACGGCUCGCUUGAGUUCAGAUGAAGCAGGUUUCACUGUUUGCCUGUUGGUGGAGAAAAAAAAGUGUGAUUAUUAUUUUUUUUUUUUAUAUGUAACACUUGGGAGCUGUUUCCAUGACAAUAAAGCUUUGUCAAUGGCUUACAGAUUAUCUGUCCUGCUUUGUUUUCUUCAUUAAGACUUUCCGUCCUACAUUUCCCAGAAUGCAACUCAGCAACAGCUUUUUUUCAAGCCCCUUCAUUCUGUUCAAAGCUUCAGACACUCUCAAGAGGUUUUCAGUUUGUCGAUUUUGGUGCUCCCUGCAGUCUCCUGACAAAACAAACCUCAUCACUUCAGUGACAAAUUAUCAUUUUUUUUAAAUGAGGAAAUUUUUGCAUUUUCUUCAUAAAAAAAUAUCAUUUGUCUUUUUAUGAGGAAAAUGAAAAAAUAGCUGUUUUUACCUUGACAGUUUUUCAUAAAAACUAAAAUCAUUUUUAUUUUUACAUUUUCUUUAUAAAAAUCAUUUGUGUGUUUUUAUUAUGAAGAAAAUGUAAAACCAGCUGUUUUUCCUCUGCUGUGCUCAUACCUACUCUCUUGCACAAAACUCAGGCAUAAAAGUAAAAAUCUUAAAAUCAUUCAUUUUAAUUGCUUAUAUUUUUAUGCUUUUAUAAAUCAUAAUCAACUUCCAAAAAACUCCUCAUAGGGGCUUUAAGAUCCAUUUUCCAGGCUAUUUGCUCAAUCAGCUGGAAAUAUGUUGCGUUCGGGUUACCUCAGAAGUAGGAGCUGAAAAUGACGUGGCACCCGAGUUCUGAGCGUUUCAGUUAGUUGGAUAAAAGCAAAAUUGGAGGCCUGAAACAAGAUGGCUACGUCUACGAAAGUUAUUUUAGCGCUUGCCUUAUAUUCGGGCAAGACGAGCGUUAAAAUAAAUGAACUUAAAUAUUAAUAACUUAAUUAAUAAUUUUGUAGAUGUAGCCAUCUUGUUUCCUCCAAUUUUGCUUUUAUCCGACUAACUGAAACGCUCUGAACUCAGGUGUGACGUCAUUUUGAGCUCCGACAUCUGACUUCUGAGGUAACUCGAACGCAGCAAUAGAUGAGGUAACCUUGAUGACAUCACUGUAACAUCAUUGGUUAUUUCCCCCGGCAGCAAAAAACAAUUUGGACUUUUUGAAUAGAUAUGUCUAUACAUAUAAAAAUGUUUACAUAAAUAUAUUAUAAAAGCUAAAUAAUUGGUCAUUUAAGUUUGUUUUUGUUUGCUUCUAUGCUGUGAUUAAAGAUAACCGAAGUUUGGAGUCUCAAUACAAAGAAUGAGGUAACCAUGGUGACACCACAGUAACAUCAUCAGGGUCAUGACCUCCAGCUUCAAAACUCAGAAUAGAAAAACUAAGAAUAGAUAAAUAUAUUUCAAUGAACAUAUCUUUAAAAAGACCAUUAUUAAGAGUUUUAAGCUCACCAGUAUUUUUACUGACAUAAGUGCUGUGUUGAUGUUUAAACUAAGAGAGUGAGGUAACCCUGAUGACGACAUGAUGACACAAUUACUGUCUCAUAACCUAUGAGUAAUACAAAAUAACAUACAUGUUUAUAUUCCAGUUGAGCACAGAUCUGUGAUUAAAAAAAAAAGGUUUUCGUUUAAAAAAAUCAGCAUACUUUCAUUACAAACACUAAAAUGUUUAAAAGGUUUAUUUUGGUGGCUUUAGUUACAGUUAUUGACCUUUGACCAACUUAUUUUUCCCAGUGAUACCUGCAAGAUCACAUGAGCUUACAUGUUGUAUAUAUUUUUUUUUUAUGGACUUCAUGAUAAAAAUAAAUAAAAUAAUAGUCCUGUGGCUAAUAGGUGCUUGUAUUUUUGUAAUUUUACAGCCUUAACUCAGACUUCACCCGCUUAUCUCAAAUUAAAGCAUGAAAUACUUUUUUGUUAUGGUUUAACAUUUGUAAAAAUUUCUUGACAUAAUUUGAGGAUUUUGAGGAUUUUCUCAGAUCUUUAGACUUGUAGGCAAAACAAAUCAAAAUAAAAUUGAAGUUCUAUGACUUAUAGGUGCUUGUAUUUUUGUAUUUUUACAUCCUGAACUCAGACUUUACCUGCUUACCUCAAACAAUUAAAGUAUGAUUUUAAAAGUUCUUCUUUAUUAGGGCUUAACAUUUGUAAAAGUUUCUUGACAUAAAUUGAGUAUUUUAAAGGUUUUCUUAAAUCUUUUGACUUGUCGGCAGAACAAAUUUAAAAAAAAAGAGGAAAAUGCUUAAAUCUAUUCAUUUAAAUGUAUGAGAAUCUUGUUUUUAUUCUGUCGAGGUUCGCUCUUAGUUUUUUUUUUGUUUUUGUGAUCAACUUUUUAUUAUAAUUUAAGAACAACAGUCAUUAUUCAACAGCACAUUAAAUAAUUACAAGUGAUGAUAACCAAGUGCGUAUCCAUGUACGCACACACACAAUAAAGUCAUUAUUUUUUAAAUUAU